AUGACUGAAGAUAUUACUAACAUUCUUACUGCGGGAAUUGCUGCGCUUGACUUAAAACAGUCGACCCAAGAGACGUACACGGUCGGGAAUAGUGCGAGCAAGUCGUUGAGCGACAGUGUUUCGCAAAGACCAAUUGCGAAGUUUACUCGUCGUGUUAGAAUUCAGCACGUAGAUCAGUCGCGUGGCAGUUCAGUGGAACGAGCACAAUCAUUAAGUGCAAAGGACAAAGAGAAGGCUGUUGGAGACAUUUCUCGGCUGCGUAAAGAUUCGCAUUCCGAGACUGCUAGCGACAAGUCGACCACUAGGCCACCAUUGGACGUGGUACAAUCUGAACUCGAACUUUUAUUGCUCGAAAAUAAGAAACUGAGGAAAGAGGCAGACGAAUCCAAGGCAAAAUGGAACGAGGAGAUCUCGAGACGAAUCGAAGCAGAAAGCGACCUGAAGAAGAAAGAAGACGAAUUAGUUGCAUGCAGAAAAGAGCUAGAAUCCCUAAAACAUCAAACCCAACAACUACGAAGUCGCGCCACCACCGAGCAAAUAGCCCUGGACGGAAAAAGCUUUCCUACCCUCACCGGCGUCUAUUUCACAAAAGACUAUGAAGAAACCGACUGCGUCACGCAAGUAACCCUCGAACUCACCCUGUCCAAGAUUUUUACCUUCCCAGCCAAAGAAUGGAUGGAAAACGAACUGCUAUAUGAAGGCCAUGACGACGGCGCCAUAGCCCUCGUCCGCCUCUUUGGUCAACUCUACGCCUCAAAAUGCGGACGUAACCGCAACUCUUACACCGACUUCAUCGACUACGCCAUCUGGACGCGCGAAGCCAUCUUACUCUCUAAAAUGUUAGGGCUAGAGCUGGAGCGCGGGUGGGCGAUGCAUGCAGAGAUGCAAUUGAUUGCUUUUUGGCUGACGCGGUACUUGGGGUCUGCGGGGUUUGGGAUAAGGGAUUUUGAUGAUCCGGCGGCGUAUAAGGUGUGUCCGGAGGUUGAGGAGAGGGGUGUGGUGAGGAUUUUUGUUAGUCAGAAGGUUUGUGCGUCGUGUUUGGGGGUUGUGGAGAGGGUGAAUUGGGUUGUGGGGAAGUAUGGGGUCGAGUUUGAGGUUGUGGAUGGGAGGGUGGGGUAG